AUGGCUACGAAGAAAAAUCAAAAGGGAUCCAAAUCUCAAAACCCUAAUUUGAAGAAGAAGAACAAGAAGGAUCCCUCUCCAGAGCCCCUCCAUAUCGAAGAAGAAGUAGAGGAGCAGGAAUCAGAUAUCGAGGACGAAGAAGAGCAAAGCCAGCCAUCAGAUUCCGAUGACGAAGGAUCCGACGCCUUUUCCGAUGACGAUGGAUCCGGAUCCGAUGCCUCUUCCGACGAUGGCGAUGCUUUCACCGACGAUUUUCUUAAGGACAACGGCGAUGGUGCUUCUUCUUUGGUGAUACAUCUUCAAAAUGAGAUCCCAAUGCUUACUUCGAUUGUACCUUCAGCUUAUACGAUUACUUUCUUAAGGAAUACUCAGUUGAAGCGCACCUAA